CCUAGCUGCACCCAACUGCCGCCCGUCUCCCCCCCCUCCCCCGGGGACCCACGAUGGGGGCAGGGCUCUCCACGGGCGCAGUGGUUGCCAUCGUCUUCAACUGCCUCAUCGCCUGCCUCCUCCUCCUCCUCUUCUGGAUCCUCUGCAAGGCCUGCCGGACCCCCUCCUGCCCCGACAGGAGCUCCUCUUCCGAGGCGGACGAGCGGGGGAAUGAGGAGAAGUACCUCCUGCAGCCCUAA